AUGAAGACAGCUGGGAUCAAUAAGAGGCGUGCCCGAGGGGAGCGCCGGCUUCAUUUGGCUGCCAGAAGAGGAACUUUGUCUCUGGUGAAGGCUCCAAUAGAAUCUGAAGCAGAUGUGAAUCUAAAAGACAAUGCAGGUUGGACACCACUUCAUAAGACAUCUACUAAGAGAUCUCAUGAUAGAAUUGUAGAGUUGUUAAAAGCUGGUGCUAAUGUUAAUUUUGAAAAACUAGAUGGGAUUCUUCCCUUACAUGAUGCUGCUGCCAACACUCAUUUAAAGGCAGCUGAGAUUCUACUACCACAUGGAGCAAACCCAAAUCAAAAGAAUCAAAAACAGAAAACUGCUUUGGAUGAAGCAGAUAAUGAAAAAAUGAAAGAGCUACUGAUAUCUUUUGGUGCAAUUGAGACUGAUAAUAGAAAUGAAAGUAAUGCUACAGUCACUGUCAAAAUUCCAGCUGUUCAACCAAAAAGGCAUAAGUGGUGUUUUUGUGAUGACUGCAACACUGUUGAUCCACCUUUUCUUUCACAAAGAGAAAAAAGAAGAGAAAGCUAUCCUGUGCAUCAGGCCAUCAGUGCCAUUCUACAAGAUAUAGAAGAAAAACAAGGAAAUUUACUAGAAUUUGAAAUACGAACCCCUGAAGAUGCAGAACAAUGCAUUGAAAAGAUGUUAGAGAUAAAAGAGAUUAUGGAUUAUGUGCUUGCCAAACAGAAGGCAGAAAGGGAUGAUCUGGCUAAAAAAUACAGGGUGUCCAUAGAAUCAUUUAAGCAAGGAGUCCUGAGAGAACAGCUGGCUAACUUGGCCACAAGACAGAAGAGCCUUUUAGUUGUGGCAAAAAAACAGAAAAAAAUUACCCAGAAAAUCCAAAACUAUAAAAACAUUACAUCUUUGUCUGGUCCUAGUUUGAGGAAGCCACCGUCCAGCUCAGCAAUCUCUAGUGAAAAGGACAGCCAAGAUCUUAUCAGUCUGGAAAAUUCAUUGCAGCCCCAGUCAGGUUCACUUUCUCUUGUCAGCCUUACUUGUGGAAGCAUGCAGGAAACACCAUUGUCUCCAGAAACUUGGAAUAGCAGCCCAAAUACCAACACUUGUGUAAAUUCAGAAACAGUGAGAAGGGAAUUUUCUGGAAAUGAGCUGAAUUCUAAGCAAAAUGUCAAUGAUGGUACCUUCGAUGGGUCACCAAAAUCCAGACGUGCAGAUGGCACUAAGAUUAAAUUACCCUCCCAACCUGUUGCUCUUACUGCUCAGAGGGAGUAUUCACAGAGAGGAAAUGAUCUCACAGAGCCUCCAGCCCCAGAGUGCGAGCCCUGUAAUCAUCCUUCUGCAGUAACUAACACAUUAAACAUUGCAGCGACUACAAGCAUACUUGCCAGAAAUGAUGCCCAUCCAUCAGCUGUUGUUUGUGAUCAGGCUCCUACCAGUUGUGAUCCAAAAAGAGGAAAGAGGAAAAUAGCUUCCCAGCAGCCAAGUAGGGGGACAUUGGAAUCUCUGACACAUCAAGGGACUGAUGUCUUAGGCAGUAUUACUGGGCAUCAGACAAAAUCUUAUCCUAAAAAACCAGCUUUUACUGUUCGACGUGCUAAUGACAGCCACAGCUCCUCCCACUCUGAACGUGGCCGUCAACAUAUUAUUAAAAAGCCUGUAAACUCCAGCACAGCUCCUAGAAAGAAAUGUAUGCAGAUAAAGGAUCUGAUAUUACUCGGAAGAAUUAAUCCAGGAAAAAACAUUCUAGAAUUCAAAACACAGGAGACUACCCACAAAGCCAGUGUCUUACUGAGCGGUAAAAUUAAGGUAGAAAAUGGUCAGAUUUAUCAAAAUCCAGUCACCUGGCUCAAGGAUCUUCUAGGAGGCAACAGUUAUGUGACUUGGAAUUAUGCUUGGAGUAAGGUGACAUAUCUGGGGAAGGAGCUUUUAAAGUAUGUUUCUGAGGAAGUACCCGUAUCUGCAGAGCCAAAUGUGGUGCUUCAGCAACAUCAGCCUUGUCUUCCAGGAACAUCCAGAGAGUCAAUGCAAAGCAUCCCACCUUAUCUACAAAUAAAUGAAGUACUGUUAAUCAGUGAUCAAGAAUUUCUCCCAUGCCAUAUAAUGGAUCAACACUGGAAGUUCUAUGUGGAAUGUGAAGAGCUAACAUUCUAAACCUUUGUUUUUGUAGUAAUUUAUUAGACAUUUGUUCAUAUUAUUAACCCACAUUCAUAUUUUAUCUUACAUAGGCUGGAGGGCCUAUUUUAAUAUACAUUUUAUGAGUUGCUACUUAAGAUAUGUUUACUGUUGUAAGAAAAAAACAUAAUUCAAACUAGUAUAGUAAGA